CGGGCAAUCCUAUUAACCCUGAAUAAUACGGUCCGCGAGCUUAACCAAAUAAUCCUGGAUAUGCUCCCUGGCCAGAAACGGACGUAUUUCGCAGUAGAUUUAGCUAAUAUAAACGAGGCAGAUCCUGAGAUCGCAGAAUUACCACUAGAGGUCUUGCAAAGUAUCUAUUUACUAGGUCUACCCCUUUCCAAGCUAUGACUUAAGAUCGGUACACCCGUAAUACUCUUGCGGAAUCUCUAUCUGCAGGAAGGGCUUUAUAACGGAUCGCGGAUAUCGAUUUAUAGCUUUGGGAGGUUCUCGAUUCGCGUACGGUUACUAGGUAGCGACUUUGACGGCCAAUUACGGACGAUUUCACGGAUCAAGCUCUAGUCAACGGAUUAGUAACUGUCUUUUAUGCUCUCCCGUAAGCAGUUUCCACUUGCUUUAUCCUUUGUAAUGACUAUUAAUAAGUUACAGGGCCAGUUAUUUGAGGCAGUGGGGGUAGAUUUACGGUCACCGGUCUUUUCUCACGGCCAGUUCUAUGUGGCAGCUUUACGGGUGACCUCACAAGUAGGGCUUUGUAUUCUUUUAUCUCCUGAUAUAAACCGUACGAGUAAUAUAGUAUACCCAGAAAUAUUAC